GCGCGGCGCAUGCGCGCCCGUUCCCGGGGGGCGGGGGGCGCCCCGCUGCGGUGCCGGCUCCGGUCCUCCCGGGGCGCGGUGCCGGUAGGCGACGCCGUGCGGGCGGCGCGCGGGCCGGGCCUGGGCCUGGGCCUGGGCCUGGGGCGGCGCGAUGGACAGAUACGUGCUCAAGCGGGCGGCGCGCGGCGAGAGCGGCCGGGAGCCCCCCGGGCCCUGCGGCGGCGGCGGCGGGAAGAGGCCGAGGCCGGAGGCGGCGGGCGCGGAGCCGCCGCCCUGGCGGGAGAUCCGGGCGGAGGGGCUGAGGUGCGACUACGGGCUGCUCUUCGGCGCGGCCGAGGCGGACGAGCUUUUCCAGCAGCUGGAGAGGGAGGUGGAGUACUUCGGAGGUGAGCUGACAAAAUUGCAUGUGUUUGGCAAAUGGCACAGCAUUCCAAGGAAGCAGGUGACCUACGGAGAUCCCGAGUUAACAUACACUUACUCAGGCGUUACCUUUUCCCCUAAGCCGUGGAUCCCAGUUCUCAACCGCAUCAGAGACCGCAUUGCUUUGCACACUGGACAUACUUUUAAUUUUGUCCUUAUUAACAGAUAUAAAGAUGGUUGUGACCACAUAGGUGAACAUCGAGAUGAUGAGAGAGAACUGGUUCCACGCAGUCCUAUUGCAUCUGUGUCGUUUGGAGCUUGCAGGGACUUUAUUUUCAGGCAUUGUGAUUCCAGAGGGAAAAACGCAACGCGCCACAUUAAGCCCAUCAAACUGCAGCUAGCCCAUGGUAGUCUGCUGAUGAUGAAGUAUCCCACCAAUGUGUAUUGGUAUCACAGCCUGCCCACCCGCAAGAGAGUACUUGCCCCAAGAAUCAACCUGACAUUUCGGAAAGUGAUGACUCUAGCCGGAAAGUGAAAUAUUUAGCAAUCAAGCACCUGGUGUUUUGACUUCAAAAAUGGAAGCUUGAUUCCCCGACAUAACUGUCAAUUUCUCUUUCAAACACUAUCUUUGAUGAUCCAAGGUAUUAGAUGAGAGAGUUGAACCAGAAGAGGGGGUAGUGUGCUUGGUAACUUGCUAAUAAACUGUUCAUCUAUCUUAAAUGACGAGACUACUGUUCUCUCAGUAAAGUGUUGCUGUAGCCCUGCCAAUAAACAUUAUUUUUAAUGACCAA